UUCCAUAAAAAUCUUACCAAAUCACAAACUAUUUUUCUAUUUCUAAAAUCAAACAUUCAACGAUACCACCAAAAAUAUCCUACAAAACUCAACUCAAAUCUGUCAAAAUCUAUAAAUUCCUAAAAUUUUCAAAAAUCUUUAAUUGAAUACAUUCGUGCAUGUAAUCCGACCAGUCAAAAUUCUCCACUUGUUAUCUAUGUUUUGGUUUUGACCCAAAUCGCCUCAUCAUCAUCAAAAAUCCCUAAAAUCUAAAACGUCGUCUUCUCUGCUUCACGAGGCGUAUAUGUGAAACUCUCGAAACCGAGCCUGAUCUUACGGACACAAUGAUACCUUCCUCCUCAACUCCCAUCAAAUUUGGUUUCUUCUAAAGUGCUUCUGAAUUAGGCAUCUGUUUGCUUUUACACCUCUUCCUCCUCGUGAUCGUUUUGUAAAUCCAUCAAAGCAAUGGCCGUUUCUUCUAGUGCAGCCUUUGUUGUCAUUAUCCCCAAGGUGAAGAAGACGUCGUCAUGGAAUCACCAUUCUCCGUAUCUGUUUCCGAUUCCUACGCUUCCGAUGAACAACAGGACAAGGCGAGGUCUGAUCCAUAGAUCCCGUUGCGAGCUUUCUCCUUCUCCCAACGACUCAUCGGCUCUGAACCAGCUUAAGAAUUUAUCUCUAAUUGACAGAUACACAAGGGAGAGAAGCAGCAUUGUGGUGAUUGGGCUAAGCAUUCACACAGCUCCAUUAGAGAUGCGUGAGAAGCUUGCGAUUCCAGAAGCUGAAUGGCCACUAGCUAUCACUCAGUUAUGUGCUUUGAAUCACAUUGAAGAAGCUGCUGUGCUCAGUACCUGCAACCGUAUUGAGAUUUAUGUUUCUGUUCUUUCUCUCCACCGUGGUGUCAAAGAAGUUACUGAGUGGAUGUCUAAGAGAAGUGGGAUCCCUGUUUCAGAUAUCUGUCACCAUCGGUUCUUGUUGUAUAACAAAGACGCCACGCUGCAUUUGUUUCAAGUCUCAGCUGGUUUGGACUCUCUUGUCUUAGGUGAAGGUCAGAUACUUGCACAGGUUAAACAAGUUAGUCGGGUAGGUAAAGAAAAAGUAGGGAAUAAUGGGUUUGGGAUGAUGAUCGGUGGGCUAUUUGAAAAGGCUAUCUCUGCUGGAGCGCUUGUUAGACAAAAGACUAAUAUCGCCUCUGGUGCUGUCUCUGUUAGCUCAGCUGCUGUUGAACUUGCUCUCACCAAGGUUCCAGGAGUAUUAUCUGUUUUGAUGUUGGUGAUUGGUGCAGGAAAGAUGGGGAGGCUUGUGAUCAAGCACCUUGUUGCUAAAGGUUGCACUAAAAUGGUGGUUGUGAACCGAAGCGAAGAGAAAGUUGAAGCUAUUCGUAAGGAGAUGCCGCCUAGUGUUGAGAUUAUUUAUAAACCCUUUGAUGAGAUGCUAGCUUGUGCUGCGGAAGCAGACGUUAUAUUUACUAGCACAGCAUCUGAGACACCAUUGUUCUUGAAGGAUCAUGUAGAGAUGCUACCUCCUCCUCCUGCAGAUCAUGCGAGGCUCUUUGUUGAUAUCUCUGUUCCUAGAAACGUUGGUUCUUGUGUUGCUGAAUUAGACGGUGCACGGGUUUACAACGUGGAUGACCUCAAGGAAGUCGUUGAUGCCAAUAAGGAAUACAGGGCGAGGAAAGCAAUGGAAGCUCGGGAUAUAAUCACGCAGGAAUCCAAAAUGUUUGAAGCGUGGAGGGAUUCGCUGCAGACGGUUCCAACAAUCAAGAAAUUAAGAAGCAAAGCAGAUAGAAUCAGAGCAGCUUCUGUUGAAAAGUUUAUGUCGAAACAUGGGAAUGACAUUGACAAGAAGACGAGGGAAGCCGUAGAGAAACUAACCGGAGAAAUAGUGAACAAGAUCCUGCACGGCCCAAUGCAACAUUUGAGAUGCGAUGGGAGUGACAGCAGAAUGCUGCAUGAGACACUAGAGAACAUGGAGGCUCUGAACAGAAUGUAUGAACUCGACGGAGAGUUACUCGAGGAGAAGAUUAGAACUAAAAAGAAACAAAAAUAGAUAGACAGAGAGAGAGCAUUUGUUACAUCCAUUUUUAAGGUACAUAGGUGUAACAAAGGGUUUGAUUAAUAAAACGAACUUGAGUAGAGAGAGUGAAGAUGUUCUGAUUGAUGUACUUGGCUUUGCAUGACCAAAAGGUUUUCUUUUUUUCAUAAACAGACUAUUAUUUACAUACAGAUUUAUUAGACCAUCUCCAAUGGUUAGAACCCCAUGAUGGUUCUCAACAA